UCCGAUGCCGCAGGCCCGCAACUAAGGUACGGCUCAUUAAGAGCACUGGUUACAGCCCCUGAAUCAACGGAGGCCCGGAUUGUCAAGCCCACGGAUUUCAGCCCAUUGUUUACCAUUACAUGGGUCGAGCCGUCGAGUAACAGAGUUCGGUUGAAGCUACGCAUUGCAUUCAUUGUCACAGAGGGAAAAGAAGAGAGAUGUGUGGGGGAGCUCGAAUCUCAGACUUUGUUCCGGGGAGCCGAGGUCGUCGCCGACCCUCCACCACUUCUCUCUGUUCUGAGUUCAAGAAGAGCUACUGCGACCAGGUUACGAGUUACAGGUUUAGGUCUUUGAGCUCGGAGAUUUAUGGUAAUGAUGAAGAUUUCGAGGCUGCGUUUAGGGAAUUCAAGGACGACUCUGAUCUUGACUCUGCUGAUGAUGACAGAGAUGGAGAAGAAGAAGAAUUGGGGUUUCGCUCAUUUGUCUUUUCUCGGGUUACAGGAGGCUCAAAAGUUGUAGAGUCUUUGAAACCUGUUGGGUCUGUAGGCUCAAAAGUUGUCAAGUCUGUGGAACCUGCUGUGGCUGCAAUUAAAGCUGCAAAGAUGAAGAGGAAAAGCCAAUAUAGAGGAAUUAGAAUGCGGCCAUGGGGAAAAUGGGCAGCUGAAAUCAGGGAUCCAAAAAAGGGGGUUCGGGUUUGGCUUGGAACCUUUAAUACACCCGAGGAAGCUGCAAGGGCUUAUGAUGCUGAAGCACGCAAGAUAAGAGGUGAUAAGGCUAAACUGAAUUUCCCAGAACUUACUCACCAGAGUGCUCAAGGGCUCUCGACAAAGCCUAAUUCCAAGAAAUAUCGCUCCAAGUCUGAUUACUCAGAGAAGUUGAGUCUAAACCAUGAUAACUACUCAGCGAAUAGUUCUGUUUUCAAAUUUCAAACUCCUGAAGAUGAUACUACAAUACGGCCAUUGAAGCACAUGGACUCAUUUCCUGCUGCCGAGGAUGCAAUUAAGCCGAAACCGUAUGUUCCUUCUGAUGGAGGCACAAUCUGUUUUAGUUCAGAUCAAGGAAGCAAUUCUUUGCAUUGCUCUGGUUUUGGUUGGGGAGAGUAUGAAGAGAGAAGUCCAGAGAUCUCGUCGGUAGCAUCAAAUUUUAGAAAACUUGAAGAAGCUGCAAUUGCUGGAGGCAACAGCCAACCAAAGAAGAAAAUGAAGAUCAACACUAAGGAUGUAGUGCCGGAAGAGCCAUCUCAUUUUGAGCCCCAAAUGGAGUUCUCACCAAUUCCUUCUUGUUUCGAGGGUAGCUGGGAUACGAUUUUCUGGGAGCUUGAUGGGUCUCUGGAGUUUUUACGAGAAUCCUGUGCUUGAUGGCACUUUCUGAGAAAACUUUGCUUUGUGUGUGAAUCCUUUAUAGUUGGAGAUUCGCCACUCUUGUGGUGUUAAUCCAUCCUACAUUGGCUGCAGUGAAGAUGAAGAGCAUAAUAAGAGCUAAUGAGGACAGAUUAGGAAGAGUUUCACAGUUCCUGUUUUGAAGUGGAACAAUCAUAUGUUUUUCCCACGUUAUUACAGCUGCAUUAUUAUCUUGUCAUGGGAUUUUAUUACUAGACUCUGAUUUUAUCAGUUUUCAACUUUCAAUAAGAGGAAAUGAGCUUGUCAUAAA